AUUCAUAAAGAUUCGUUUGUCUCUUCCCUCACUCAUCGCUUAAUUGACUUGCAAGGCGCAUGCGCACCAAUACAGGAUCGCUCGAAGUUUUAAUAUCACGCUUUGUGAUAACCACAGUCCAGCAGAUCAAUUAAUCUUCUCACUGACCAAAAGACAGCGAUGAAUAAAUUAAAAGACGGCUGGUUUAGUGAGGUUAGUGAUCUCUGGCCUGGUCAGUGCAUGUCUUUGGAAAUUGAACAAGUAUUGCACAAAGAAAAAUCUGAUUUCCAAGACAUCAUGAUUCUAAAGAGUAAAUCAUUUGGAACAGUGCUUGUUCUUGAUGGUGUUAUUCAAUGUACCGAAAGAGAUGAGUUUGCUUAUCAAGAAAUGAUUGCAAAUUUACCACUCAAUAGUCAUCCUUGUCCAAAAAAGGUGUUAGUGAUUGGCGGUGGUGAUGGAGGAGUUCUGAGGGAAAUUGUGAAACAUCCUGAUGUUGAAACUGUGGAUCUUUGUGAGAUCGAUAAGAAAGUAAUUGAAUUAUCACAGAAGUAUUUACCACAACUAGCUUGUGGCUUUUCUAGUCCAAAGUGUAAGAUUCAUUAUGGCGAUGGGUUUAAAUUUAUGGAGAAUCAUAAAAAUGAAUUUGAUGUCAUCAUCACUGACUCUUCCGAUCCCAUUGGUCCUGCAUCUUCCCUCUUUGAGAAAUCAUAUUAUGAAUUAAUGAAGAAUGCUCUCAAACCAAAUGGAAUUAUAUGCAACCAAGGUGAAUCAAUGUGGCUUCACUUAGACUUGAUUAAAUCAAUGAAAAAUUUCUGCCACCAAAUUUAUCCUGUUGUAGAAUACUGUUAUACAACAAUACCUACAUAUCCAAGUGGUCAGAUUGGUUUUCUCAUUUGCAGUACAAAUCCAGAAAGCAAUUUAAAAGAACCUGUUCGUGAAUUCAGUGCUGAAGAAGUUAAAAAACUUGGAUUACGAUAUUAUAACAGUGAUAUCCAUAGAGCUAGUUUUGUUCUGCCAGAGUUUGUCCGACAGGCAUUGUCGCAGUGAUUGUAAAGACAGUCCUUUUUGGAAUGGUCAUAUUCAUUACAUGAAGAAAAAGUUGUCUCAUCUGGAAAAUAUAUAUAUUCAAUAAACCAAUCUCUACUUAGAUUGUGUAAUUUUUUUCUUCUAAUAAACAGGUGUAAAAUCGAA